AUGUGUUGCAAACAAAACACCAUUGCAAAACAAAGGAAAAAAAAAGAGAAGAGAAAGAGAAGAAGCUCAGAAGGUGUUCUGCACAUUGUGAAGAUGAGAGUAUUGCCGACGAUGGUACUAAAAAAACUGCCCUCGAAUCCGAAAGCUUUUUUAUUCGACAUCGAUGGCACGCUCUGUGAUUCCGACCCGGUGCACUUCGAAUGUUUUCAAGAGUUGAUUAUGAAAGUUCCAUCGGUGAAAAAUCCAUCUCGAAAGCCAAUCGACCACGACUUCUUUCGGAAACACAUAGCCGGAGGGUCAAAUCCAAUCAUAUUCAACAACUUAUAUCCGGAUUUAAGCGAAGAAGAGCGCGAGAGAAUGUGGACAGAGAAGGAAAAAGAAUACAGAAGACGAGCGAUUACAUCUUUACGGAGACUGAAUGGACUUUCAGAGUUGAUGAGCCAAAUAGAUGCUGAGAAAAUACCAAAAAUAGCAGUCACAAACGCACCGAGAGAAAACGCAGAUAUGAUGCUAAAAGCGCUGCAAUUAGACGUUUGGUUCAAAGAGUUAGUCGUGUUAGGUGGUGAGUGUGAACACGCCAAGCCGCAUCCGCAACCGUACAUCGACGGCUUGCGUUUGCUGGGACUAGACCCGAUUGAAGACGCGAAGGAUUGCAUCGUUUUUGAAGAUUCGCCGAGUGGAGCGACGGCUGCAGUGGCGGCGGGAUGUUUUGUCGUUGGUGUUAUGACUUCUCAAAAAGCAGAGCACUUAUUAGAGGUGGGAGUUCACAUGACGGUCAAGGAUUUCGAGGAGUUUAAUUCUAAAAGAAGAGAGUAUAAAAGUCGAUAG